AUCGUCGAAUUUGAAAGGCAGCUAUCACAAGGAAGCACCACCGAUUCCUGCGCACCGAUGUGUUGAUGGACGAGCAUCACCAUCGUUCGAUUACCAGAGCUCAAAAAAUGCUUUACUCGACAGCGUACCUUUGAAGGCGACGAUAUCACGUCACAACCGAACCAGCACAUUUGAGCCCGAGUCGUUAGGCUAUUUGAACGUUGCACUAUCGUACAAUCGUCUUUCCUCAACACUUUUCGUUACUGUUCUUUCCGCAAGAGGCCUCUCAUACAGGCAGUACAGCAGUACGGCAUUCUAUCCAAAUCCUUUCGUUAAAAUUUAUCUUCUACCGGGCAGAAAUGUUCAACUUUUCAGAGUUUCAAAUAAAAGACGCACCAAAUUCGUUCCAAAUACAUGCGAUCCUGUAUGGAAUCAAACCGUUGAAUACAUGAUUCCA